CCCCCCCCCUCUCCCCUCUGGCCGUGUGUACCCGGGCUUGCAUGACUCUCGGCCGGCCGGCCGGACUAUAGACAUCCCGCCUGGCCUCGUCCCGGUCCCUGCAGGUCUCUCCGCGGAUCCACAUGGCUGGACACGAGUGGGAGGACUGGUUCGAGCGGGAGGAAUUCAUCGGACAGAUCAGCGACAUCCGGGUGCAGAAUCUGCAAGUUGAAAGAGAACUGGUUCAGAAGAGGACCUUCACCCGAUGGAUCAACCUACAUUUAGAAAAGUGUGACCCGCCCAUUGAGGUGCAUGAUCUCUUCCAGGACAUCCAGGAUGGACACGUCCUCAUGGCCCUGCUGGAGGAGCUCUCCGGCUGCAAGCUGCUUCAUCGCUUCAAGAAGUCCUCCCAUCGUAUUUUCAGACUCAACAACAUCGCCAAAGUCCUGUCUUUCCUGGAGGAGAGAAACGUAAAGCUGGUUAGCAUCGAUGCAGCGGACGUCAUAGAUGGAAAUGCGUCCAUCAUCUUGGGACUCAUCUGGAAUAUCAUCCUCUUCUUCCAGAUUAAGGAGCUCACUGGGAACAUCAGAAGCCAGUUCCCCUCCUCGUCCAGCCUGUCGUCCAUCCCCACCAGCUCUGACUCGGACGCGUCCUACUGCAGCACGCCAUUAGACGAGAAACCGUCAGCAUCCACAGCCAUGCGAGAACACAGCAAGGCCAUCAAGAAACUGCUGCAGUGGGUUCAGAAGCGAACACGCAAGUAUAGUGUGGCAGUGCAGGACUUUGGGAAGAGCUGGACAAGUGGUCUGGCCUUCCUGGCUGUCAUUAAGUCCAUUGACCCCAGCCUGGUAGACAUGAGGAAGGCACUGCUGAGGACCGCCAAGGAGAAUCUUGAGGACAGCUUCAGGAUAGCCCACUUCAGCCUGGGUAUCCCACGCCUACUGGAGCCCGAGGAUGUGACUAUCAAUCCACCAGAUGAGCAAUCCAUCAUGACCUAUGUGUCACAGUUCCUGGAGCACUUCCCUGGCAAAGAGGAGCCGGAGGAGCCCUGCCAGCUGAUUGAACGAAGUGUCUCUAUGGGCCGACUCAACUUCCGCAACAGUGACUCCAACCACCUAAGGAAUAGCACGCAACAAAGCCGAGUGAAGGAGCGGUCCUACAUGUUCCAGAGGGCCUGUUCCCAACCCCCGCCCAAAAUCUUAAUUUCCUCUGUGUCAGAGGAUAGGAGCACUAUGUCACACCCCUUCAGGCCGGCUGCACAUCGCUCGUGGUCCAGUGAAGACGUCUUAGCAGAUCCCCCCCACGUGGAAGACUUCUCCAGCAGUGUGGUUGAAGAACCCAAGGAACCCGCCAGUGAGGUCUUAACCAACUUAACCUCUAACUCCCCACAACUGUCUGACACUCAGUCGCCCACAGGCUCAUCACUGCCUGAGUCUGUAAACACCGAGUCAGUAAUUGGCGACUCGGCAAUCAGCUCGCCAGACUCCUGGGUGGAGAGCGAGUUUGGGGUGAUAUCAGAGAAGUUUUGUGAAAGCCGAAGUGACAGUUCUUUGUGUGACAAUGGAACAGCCUGGGAUGUGUAUCGUGCCACCCCCGUGGAGGUCACUAAUCUUGAUGAAGAAUCUGUCCUAUCCUUAGAGGAUCGAGCACCCGAUGAGUCAUCGAUUACUGAGUCGUAUAUUGAUGAAGGGAUUUAUUCACUGAGCUCAUUGGAGAGCAACCAGGAGAGAAUUCAAAGGCAUUCUGAGAAACAGCAAGUGGAAGGAGUUAACGAGACAAACCUUGAGAAGUACAACCAGGACAUGGCACAAGGACAAGUUCCUGAUCAUAGCAAAGCUCACAUUACAAAAGAAGUAGACUCUAAUCAGAUAGAUACAAGUCAGAGCAGAGAGCAAGAACCUUCUUUUGGACUAUGUAAUGCAGAAGAACUGACCAACUCUAAAUCUAAACAGUCUCAACUCAAGCAAACCAGUGUUGAAGAGAACACUAACAAAGAACGAGAAUUUUUAAAGAAAGCUGCAGACUUUAUUGGGGAUGGACAAGACCACGAAGGACAAAUUAAUGGUCGAUCUGAAAGUCUGAAUGAGAAUAAUAACUCUGAGGCCUUUGAUGUGGAAACUGAAUGUGAGAAAAAAUCAGGGAAAUCAGGGGUUUUAAAUGAAAGGGGGGAAUGGGUUGUGGAAACACAAGAUGGUGCAAGUGAAGAAGUUCUAAGAGACUACCCAGAUGCAGAAGAAAGACUUGGCUCAGAGACAAACAUGCAUCCAACCAACCAGGACACAGCUUCAAAAUCAAGUCUCGACACAAGCAUGGGCAUAAAUAUUCCUCUGAUCUCCAUUUCCAGUGAGCCAGAAGAGCAGGACGAAGAGGAGACAUGUGACCCAGAAGGACAAGAUCAUGCUGGGGAUGAUGAUGCACAUCAGGCAGAGGGAACUGACAUUGAUGUCAACAGCCUGGAAAAUCCCCAUGAAUUGGGCUGUGACUCCAAUUACAAUGUUGACAAAAACUCUGUUGAGAUUGCUUCCUGCCUGGUUUCAGAAAAUGUUAAACCAACAGCUUCAGAACAAAUAAAGGACAUAGGAAGUGGACAUUCGGUUGAACGUGAAAUCAGCAGAUCAUCAAAUGCAUAUGACGUAAGUGGGACAGACACAGGAGAUACGGUGAUAACACGUGAAGUCAAACAGGAAUGUGAGUCUCCUCACUCUGAGACGGGUAACUUUGAGAAGGACUUGAUUUCCCAGACUUCUUCUACGGAUGCAAAAUCUCAACCUGUGAAUACUGAACAGGAAAUUGAUUCAAUCGAUCAACCUGAUGGACACGAGGGCAAACUGGGGGACUACUUUUCUGACAACAAAACCGCUACCACACAGCAGAACACAAUAGAUUCAGUCAACUCGAAACCGAAUGGUACGACCGGGAUUUUGUGUAAUGAUCCAGGUAGUGUAUCCAGAGUAAUGGACUUGUUUUCUACAGACUUUGAUCAAAAUUCUCCCAUAGAGGACGUAGUUGGUGACGCUAUUGAACCCAUGGAUCUGUUCUACCCUGACAAAGAGGAGACCAUGUUUACGGAGCCACCUGAUACUGAAAUGCAGAGCUGGCCUUCAGUUUUGAGUGUGUCUGCUCUCCAGCCAGCUCCAGCUUCAGAGAUUCAACCUGACCAACCACUCGACCUGCUGGGUGAAGACUUCAGGAAUGGAGUGGAUUCGAUACAAGAGAAUGACAAGGUGAUCAUAAAGACACACCUGGAGACCGUCAAAGCAUCUAAAUCCCAGGAACACCGUUUGUCAUCUGAGGAGAUGAUAGGAGGAUUCUGGGGGGCUGAUGUUCCAGGAGACGGCCGUGAUCUCAGUGAGGCUGAGCAGCACAGAUCAGGCUCUGCCAUGGAAAACACAGAGCUUGUGAGGUAGGCUUUCUAUUCUUAGUCAGCUCCCUAGUACAGUGAGAAACUCAGUGGUCCCUGGGGGAAACCAAUGUUAUGGCAAUGGAUGGGGCUGGUCUGACCUGGUCUCUCUCCCUUGGCUCAGAUAUUCCCUUAAAUGUACUGAACAAAGUUAUCUAUGUAGCCUGGUGAUGGGAAUGGAGACAGGCCUUAUGAUGGUUAAGAGACUGUGGUAUGGAGAGCAGGGAUGAGGGUUACACACAUUAAUGUGGUGAAAUUAAUUAAUACAAGAGAGCUUAGUUCUGUUCA